UUUUUUAUUUUUUUAUUUUUAUUUUAUUUUACUUCAUCAUCAUGGUCAAAUCAACUGCUGCUAUUGUUGCCCUUGUUGCUAUGUCUGCUCAUAAUGUGAUGGGUCAAGCCAUCCCAAGUGGUAUUCCUACUGAUCCUGCCGUUUAUAGCUCCAUCCUUAGUCAAGCUGAAGCUUCUUUGUCUGCUUUGGCCACUAAUCCUUCCUUUUCUAGUUUGUUGGCUAACCCUACUCUCUCUAGCAUUUUGAAUCAAGCUUCUAGUGCUGGUAAUGCUGCUACUGGUACUGGUGGUGCCUCUGCUGCUCCUACUUCUGGUACUAAGAGUGGUGCAUCCACCUUGAAACCUAUUGGUGCUGCUGCUCUUGCCAUCUCUGCUGCGGUCGCUGUGGGCAUGUUAUAGAUCACUUUUUUUUUUUUUUACCUCUUAUAAUAUAUAUAUUUUUAUUUUCACUUGUCUAUUAUAUAAUAAAGAUUUCUUAAUCAUCAAA